UCGCUCGCUCGGUCGGUCGGUGGCGGACAGCGGGUCAUGUCGGAGUACGGGGCCCCCAGCACGCAGGGCAGCCUGGGCCGGGUGAUCUGCAUCCUGAGCGGGGCCUCCCGGGGGUUCGGCCGCAGCCUGGCCCUCCAGCUGUGCAGCCGCUUCCUGCCCGGCUCCGAGAUGCUGCUGCUGUCCCGCUCCCAGGAUGCCAUGCGCUGGCUGGCGGGGGAGCUGGGGCAGAGCUGCCCGGGGGUCAGUGUGCACUGGGAGACCGCCGACCUCAGCACCCAGGAGGGCAUCGCCAGGGCGGGCACCGCGGCCAAGGAGCUACAGGGACACCAGACCGCAGACAGACUGUUCAUCAUCAACAAUGCAGGAUCUCUUGGAGAUGUCAGCAAACUUUUUGUGGAGUUUACGGAUCCCAGUGAAGUGAACAAGUACCUCUUCUUCAAUGUGUCCUCCGCAUUGUGCCUCACAUCAUCCCUCCUGAAGACUUUCCCGGCCAGGCCAGGUCUUCAGAGAGUGGUGGUGAAUGUCUCAUCACUUGCUGCUCUCCAGCCAUUUAAAUCCUGGUCGUUGUACUGCACAGGGAAGGCAGCGCGGGAUAUGAUGUUCAGAGUGCUUGCUGAAGAGGAUACAGAUCUUCGGGUUCUCAAUUAUGCCCCAGGACCCCUGGACACGGACAUGCAUAAGCUGGCUCGUACAGAGACUGGUGACCACGAGUUACGUAUGCGCAUGAUCGAGCUGAAGACUGAUGGGAAAUUAAUAGACUGCAAGGAUUCUGCCAUGAAGAUGGUGGAGAUUCUUCAAGCUGACUCAUAUCAAUCUGGUGCUCAUGUUGAUUUCGCUGAUGAAGAUGAAUAGAAAAUGGAAACAGUUACAACUUUACCUCGUAGCUCUAGUUAAGUCCCGUAGAAGUUCUGGAAUAUGUUGCCUUAUCGUGUUGUUUGUUUGUAUCAGUGUAUUUUAUCACAGAUGCCUUAUUUGUAUUUUUAAAGUUUUUUUUUUUAAUUCUUUCUUUACACUCUGCUUCAACCAGGAAAGGAAGAGUACACCAUUAAGAUGGGAAAUUGAUUCCUAAUUCAGCAAAACGAAACUGCAUUGUUGUGUACUUCUGCACGAUGAGACCAUGAAAUUUGACGCACUCUUGCAUUUUCAAGUCCUAUGGCACUUUAGUUGUUAAAGUGCCAAUGUAUCCCACAUGUAGGCAUACCUGCAGCUGAGAGUUUGGGAGGGCCUUCGAUGGAACUUGGUCUUCAGGAAGUGGCAGUAACUCAUCUCCUUAAUUUAGAGCAUCUGUUAAUGAUCAAAAAUAUACUCUCCUCUGUGGUACUUUUUGUCAGGGCAUCACUUUUUGCUCAGACAUCUGUACAGAGAUGCUUUACAAACGCAUGCACACUCGGCCACUCAUUCAAUACAUCAUUGAGCUGGUUUAUGUAUUUUACAUACUACCCAGCAUCCCAUGUUUAACCCCUUAAGGGCCAAACGUCUGGAAUAAAAGGGAAUCAUGACAUGUCACACAUGUCAUGUGUCCUUAAGGGAUAAAAAAAAAAAAACUGUACUAAGCAUGUUGAUAAAAUAGAAGCACAACCCAAAUCUAACUUUUUGGUUUUGUGUAAAAACAUUUCUCAGCAGUGACCAUUCCACUUUUAAAUACCCAAAAUGUAAUGGUUAAAUGUAUUCUUUGCAAAGUCAAGCACUAGUUAAGAGCAGUAUUCUGUGGGUUUAACAACUGUUACACUAUUGCUCAUUUUAUCUAGAGCUGAAACCAGACUCUUUUCAAACAAUCACUAAAGGGUAGCUCCGUCUACUCCGCUAAAAACAGGGAAAUGAAUAAAGACUUUAUAAACUUCAUUUAGUCCAAUACCCCAGUUCUGUUCCUUUCUUCAUUCAAGCUCCGAUAUUUCUCAUAAGUCACUGUUGCCAUGGACUAACUGGGAAAAGU